AGUUUCGAGCGGACCUUUGAAAAAUACGAUGAUUUGUUCGCGAUUCAAAUCGAUAGCAACUUUAGCUCUAAUUUUCCUUACGCUUUUCAUAACUCCUUUAUAUGUGGAAUGUGGAAGUAAAAAAAGUUCAUCAUCAGCAGCGAGUGCACAUGAACCAACGAUCGAAGAAGUCAAUGCUAAGCAAUUAGAAAGGAUCUUAAGUGAAAAGGAGUAUGUUGCUGUUUAUUGGUAUGCCAGAAGUUGUGUAACGUGUGAUACUGUAUUAGAAGAACUCGAAAAAAUCGACGAUGACACCGACGCAUUUGGCGUGGAUUUUGUGAAAAUUAAUGAUAAGAGAUUAGCAAAACAAUAUGGAAUCCAUAAAUUUCCAGCACUUACUUACUAUAGGGAGAAGCAACCAAUCAUUUACGAAGGAGAUCUCAUGGAUGAAGAGGGAGUUUUGGAUUUCUUGACAUCAUUAGAAGCAAUGGACUUACCUGACCGAAUUGAAGAGGUCAAUGGAAAGAUUUUAGCAAAAAUCAUCGAGGAUACAGAUUAUUUAGCUGUCUUAUUUUGUCCGGAUCAUGGUAAUUGUGGACAUGGAUUGUUAAACAAACCCGAAUGUCGUAAAUGUGCCAAAGCUCUUCAAGAGUUGGAGAACAUUGAUGAUGAAGCAGACCAGCUUGGAAUUGGAUUUGUGAAGAUUCAUGACGAAACAUUGGCUGACGAAUACAAUUUGGGAGAGUUGCCGAGAUUAGUUUACUAUCGUCACAAAACACCAAUCAUUUAUGAAAAUGAAUUGUCACGAGAAGAAGAUGUCCUCGAAUGGCUCAUUGAGAAUAAGUCGACUGGCGAUGACGAGGAUGUGAUCGAAGAAGUGUCAGCAAAGAACUUGGGAACUUUGAUUCAAAAUAUUGACAACUUGGUCGUUGUUUUCUACGGUAAAGAUGAUGACGACUCGCUUCAAGUGAUUGAAGAACUGGAAAAGAUUGAUGAUGACUGUGAUAAGCAUGGCAUUCAGUUUGUAAAGAUUGAUGACAAGGGUGCAGCAAAGGAACACGGCGUUAAAGAACUGCCAACCAUCAUCUUCUUUGAAAAACAAGAACCAACUCGAUAUGAAGGAGAUUUAAUGGACGAAGAUGAACUUCUCCAUUGGUUGUUAAGUCACUUGGAAAAUGAUGAGAUUGAAGAUAUUGAUGAAGACGAGCUUGAUCGGAUGGUUAAAGAGGGUCGUACAAUGGCUGUUUUGUUCUAUGACAACAAUGAUAAAAAGUCAGGAAAGGUUUUGGCUGAAUUAGAAAACAUUGACGAUGAAUGUGAUCAAUUGGGAAUUGCUUUCGUGAAAAUCGAUGACGCUGAGGAAGCGAAAGAAUAUGGAAUCGAUAAAAUGCCAAAGCUUUUGUAUUUCGAGAAAGGAAUUCCAACAGUUUAUGAAGGAAAUCUUGAGAAGGAAGAAGAAGUUCUUAAAUGGAUUGAAAUGCAAUCAAGUUCAGAUGAAAUUGAAGAUGUUACUGAUGAGAUGUUAGAUAUCAUCAUUUCAAAAAUGCAUCAUGUUGCUGUUCUUUUCUACGACAAAGAUUCAAAGAAAUCACAAAAAGUUCUUGCUGAACUCGAAAACAUUGAUGAUGAAUGUGAUCAAAAUGACAUUGCAUUUGUUAAGAUUGACGAUGACAACGAAGCACAUGAAUGGGGCAUUGAUGAACUUCCCACAAUGGUCCUCUUUGAACGUGGCAUUCCUCACAUUUACGAAGGUGAUUUGAUGCAAGAAGACGAAUUACUUGGAUGGUUGAUUUACCAGAAGAAGCAUUCAGAGAUUCCAGAAGUUACUGACGAAAUGAAAGAUAAACUCAUCGAAACUUUCCCACAUGUUGCUGUUAUUUUCUACGACAAAGAUGACAAACAAGAUAUUCGUGUACUUAAUGAAAUGGAAAAUAUUGACGAUGAUUUGGAACGCGAAGGAAUCAUUAUCGUCCGUAUUGACAAUGCCGAUGAAGCCAAGGAAUAUGGUUUAAAUCAUUUGCCAGCAAUGGUCUACUUUGAAGACAAAAUUCCUGCCAUUUACGAGGGUGAUUUGAUGAACGAAGAUGAAGUUCUUGAAUGGUUAAUUAUACAGAAGAACACAGCAACUAUCGAAGAAGUGACUGAUGAAAUUUUGGAUGAUUUGAUUGAAGAUCACGAAUAUGUUGUUGUUUACUUUACUGGCGAUUGUGAAGAAGGAGAAAAAUGCGACAAGAUUUUGGAUGAUUUGGAAAAUAUUGACGAUGAACUUGAUGAAGCUGGAAUAAUUUUCGUCACCACUGAAGAACUUGAUAUUGCUAAGAAAUAUGGAAUCAAGAGCCUUCCAAAACUUGUGUUCUUCAGAAACAAGGAUCCAUUGAUUUACAGUGGAGAUUUGGACGAUGAAGAUGAAGUCCUUGCAUGGUUGACUGACGAAAACACUUUGGAAAUUCCCGGAAAGAUCGAAGAAGUCAACAUGAAGAUGUUGGAGAAAAUUUUAUCUGAAAAUGAUCACAUCGUCGUGUUCUUCUAUCCAGAAGGAGACAAGAAAUCACAAAAGAUCUUAAAUGAACUUGAAAAUAUUGAUGACGAAUGUGAAGAGAAAGACAUUGACUUUGUUAAGACGAGUGAUGAUGGCAUCGCGACUGAAUACGAUUUACCGACACUUCCAGCUCUCGCAUUUUACCGUCACAAAUUCCGUACAAUUUAUACAGGAGAUCUUAUGAAUGAAGAUGAAAUCCUUAAAUGGGUGUUAGAGCUCAUUGAAGCAACACCAGAUGUCAUCGAAUCUGUUGACCGUCGCACACUUCAAGUUUUAAUCAACGACAUUGAACAUUUGGCUGUUUUCUUCUAUAGCGACAAGUGUGAAACGUGUCCUGCUAUUUUGGACCGUUUGGAAACAAUCGAUGAUGACACUGACAAACACGACAUUCAAUUUGUUAAAACAGACGACGUGAAAUUGGCUCAUGACAUUGGAGUUUUCUCUUUUCCAGCUUUGAUCUAUUACGAGACUGGCGUUCCAAUAAUGUUUGAUGGUAAUCUUAAAUCCGAAAAGAAAAUCUUACAAUGGCUUGUCGAUCAAAAGAAUGACGAAUGUUUCUACGUUGGAAUUGAACGGGGAAAUGAUAAUGCGAAAAAGUCUGAAAAGUCAUAUGUUGUACCAUACCAAUGCUGUCCAUCUACUAAGGAAAAGGCUCAAGCUCGUCUUGCAGUUUUAAGCGAUACAAAGCUUGGCACUUCGAAAGCUAUUCGUAAUGAUAUCACAUUCACUUUUGAGCAUGAUGAAGAAGAUAAACCAGCUGCGAAGCCUAAGGGAGGAAAGAAAUUGAAAGCACCAUCAAAACCAGCUCAAGAAGAUCGUAAAUCAAAGAAGGAAGACAACAAGAAAGACUCAGCACAAGAAAAGAAGAAACGUGAGCGUGAUGUAAAGGAAAAAGAAUCAAGAGACACUAAAGAUAAAGAUUUUGAUAAAAAAGAUAAAAAAGGAAAGGAUAAGAAGGACAAAGGUAAACACACAAACGAUGAUGAUGGUGAUGGUUUCUUUCAAUUAGGCAAUUGGUGACCAUCAGAACCACCACCGACUCCACCACUCAACGUAGUGCAUGAAUUUAUGCUUGUAGAGUUAUCGCCUAAACCUUGUGAUUUGUCGGAUGAGAGAGAAGUUUUCGAUUGGAUUAUCACACAGAAAAACGAUGAAAGUAUUGAGGAUGUCGACCGAGAAACUUUCCUCGAAUACAUCGACACAAAAGAUUUUUUAGCUGUGGUCUUCUAUGACGAAGAUGAUGAGAAGACAACGACAACCGUCUUGAGACAUAUCGAAUUGAUUGACGACGAGGCAAGCGAGUAUGGAAUAAAAAUUGUGAAAUCAAAUGACGAUUUGAUGGCUAAGAAGUUUGGAUAUCGUAAUCGACCAGGAAUUACAUACUUCAGAAAAAGCAAACCAAUCAACUAUGAUGGUGACAUUGACGAUGAAGAAGAAAUCUUGGAUUGGCUAACAAAUCCAGAUAAUAUGGAGAUGACAGAUAGCAUCGAAAGGGCAAAUCGAAAAAUGUUUGAAAAAAUACGAAAAGCUUCUGAUUACUUAGCAGUUUUCUUCUGUAAGCUGAAUAGUGACGACUGCAAGCAAUGUCCACGAGUCUUAGCUGAAAUCGAACAUAUCGACGAUGAAGCCGAUGGUGCUGGAAUUAAUUUUGUGAAAAUUGAUGAUAAGCAAAUGGCUAAGGAAGUUGGAGUCUUUGCAUUACCAGCAAUCGUGUUUUAUAAGCAACAUUCGAAGGAACCCGUCAUUUACGCUGGUGAUUUAUAUGAUGAAGAAGCAAUUCUCAAUUGGCUAUUGACUCAAAAGAAUCCCGGUGGUGAUAUUAUCGAAGACUUAGAAGGUCAAAAGCUUAAACGUCUCAUUGAAGAGUCUCCAGCAAUUGCAGUUUACUUUUGGAAUAAAACACUUUGCGAUUAUUGUAAUUCAAAAGCAAUGAAAAAGGCGCGUCAUAAGAAAGAAAAGCAAUUGGAAGCUGAAGCUAAAGCUCAAGCAGCGUCUGCUGAACAACAUAUUGAGACUGGGAGUGGAAGUGGAAGUGGAGAUGAUCCGCAACCGAUUGAUAUUAUAGAACACGCACCACCAGUUGAAAUAAAAGAGGAUAAACCAGGCGGAGAUUGUGAACAAUGUGGAGAGUUUCUUGAUGAAUUAGAAAAUAUCGACGACGACUGUGACCGACAUGGAAUAACGUUUGUAAAGACUCAAGAUUUCUCGAUUGCGGAACUUUAUGGGAUCAGCGAAUAUCCCGUGCUUGUUUAUUUCGAAGCAAAUGUUCCGAAUGUUUAUGAAGGAUCCCUCAAGGAAGAGGAAGAAGUGUUGCAAUGGCUUAUUCAACAAAAAACUGAAGAUCGAAUAGAACUCAUCACUCGCGUUAUGCUUGAAACAAUGGUUGAAGAGACGCAAUACCUGGCUGUUUACUUUUAUAAGGUACAUUGCAACAUUUGUGAUCAAAUACUCGAGGGACUGGAACAGGUCGAUGACGAAUGCGACGUGUUUGGCAUUCACAUGGUCAAAAUACAAGAUCCUCAACUCGCUAAGCGUUAUUCCAUUAAGACGUUCCCAGCAUUAGUUUACUUUAGAAAUGGAAAUCCUUUGAUAUUCGAAGGUGACCUUCAAAAUGAACAAUCAGUUCUUGAAUGGUUGAUUGACGAUGAUAAUCGUGAACUUGCCGAUGAAAUUGAAGAAGUUAAUGACAGAAUGUUAGAUCGAUUGAUGCAAGAGUCACCACUUUUAUGUGUUUUCUUCUAUGAUGAAGAUUGCAGUGAAUGUGAAGAAAUUUUAGAAGAACUUGAAAAUAUUGAUGGAGAAGCAGACAUGUUUGGAAUUGAUUUUGUGAAAAUUGCAAGUCUUGAAGCUGCUCAUAAAUACGAAGUUACAACAAUUCCUUCACUUGUUUACUUCCGCAAACAAAUGCCAAUGCUUUACGAUGGUGAUUUACAUCAAUAUGACAAAGUUCUUAGCUGGUUGACAUCACAAGAUGUCUUCGAAUUAAAGAAUGAAAUCGAAGAAGUUAAUAGAAAAAUGUUGGAUAAACUUUUAGAAGAAAAUGAGUUUUUGACAGUUUACUUCUUCGAGUAUGAUCAUGACGAAAGCGCAACAGCUUUAGAGAAACUAGAAAAUAUAGAUAGCGAAACUGAUAACUUAGAUAUAACAUUUGUGAAAAUGGCAGAUUCAAGAUACGCACGAAAAUGGGGUGUCACUAAGUUGCCAGCUUUAGUUUAUUUCAGAAAGCGCUUCCCCAGUAUUUAUAGAGGUGACAUAAUGUCCGAAGAAGAAGUUCUUGAUUGGCUGCGGAAAAAUCGUUUUAGACAACCAGAACUAAAUCUCUUUAUGUAUGCUUUGAUUGCCAUUGCAAUCGGCUUUGUACUGUACACAGCGUUUCUACUUCAGUGUUUCAAGCCCGCACCACCUCCACCAAAAGUUCAGAAAGAUCCAAAAGAUAAAUAACGACCAAAUGCUGUUUCUAAAUGAUAGUUUAGUUUAUUUUAAUUUCCUUUUCCUGAUUUUAUCGUGAGUUUAACCAAUAUUAAAUAAUUAAAGGUUUAAAGCGACGAAAAUUUGAUAAAUUUUUGAGUUCUUUAAAAAUUGACAUCAAAUUUUCUUUCUAAAUCAUGUGAAUGCUAAAUGUUAUUAUUUUGUGCAAUUACGAGCAUUUUUAUUUUGAUCGAAAAUCUUUUCAUUUCUUUUUUCUUUCUUUUUUUUUGUGAGAAAAUUGCGAGAUAUAAAAUAUGAAAAAAAAAACAUAAGAUGAAAAAAUUAUCAGAAAAAGAUUUUCCAUGUGUAUUGGAAAAUGAUCUCGAUAGGAAAAUCGAAAAAGUUCAACUAACACAAAAAUGUUCUUUAAAUUUAGAAAAUUAAAAGGAAGCGAGAUUAUGAUGAAGGUUUCUUUAUGAAUUUGGGUUUUCUUUUUAUUAAUGUUUCAGAAGAGAUUUGAAUUAAUUAUAUUAACUUUACCUUUAUGUAAUCUGAAGGAAGAAGAGGAAAAAUAUUAUUCAUACGUGAAAUUGAAAUCACGUGAAACUGAAGACAAAUUUCUUAUUUUUAAGUGAGGUAAAUUGUACAUUUUAAAUUGUAAAAUCGUUUAUAUUGAUGAUGAUGUUAGAAGCAAUGAAAACAUAAAGAUAAGAAAUAAAAGUUAAGAAUUUAAAAAUGGAAAAAA